GAAUUAUUCCACGCAGUAUCGCAGUCUAAGUGACAAUUGAAUUUCUGGAACGAAGAUCAUCCCCAAAUGUUAGAAAUGAGCCCUAAUUACUUAUGAUCUUGAAUCUCGAUGCUUGUUCAUCUUAGAUUAUCAAUAUUCAACUGAGAUAGUAAGUGAUAGGUUUUAAGUAUUGUUACUCCUAGCUGAAAUGGGGAACAACACUACUCCUCAUCAGGCAGAAUCUGGGUCUUCCAUGAAGAAACCUCGUCCUCUUGUCCGCAUUGCGCUUCUUCUCAUGUCUCAUCGCGUCAUUGUCAGUUUUCUUUGCUGUAUUGCUGGGGUGAUUGCUCUUUUACUCUUGCCUGUUCUUGCAAAAAACACUUACAUUUCAGAAAAUGCCCUUAUGCCAGGUUCUGCAAAACCCAUGCUCUCUAGUCAGGACGUUUUAGAUGCUGACAAACUUGUUGCUGAGAUAUUGAGCUUGAGCUUGGAUCACAAAUCGGCAGAAUUUGAAAUACCAAGGAUAUUAAUGAAGUGUUUGCAAGACUUGGGUGCUGAAGCUGGCCAAUUUCUGUUCUAUCCUCAGCCUAAUAAGUUUCAUCCUCUCCAUUUCUUUUCUAGUCAAGGCAAUGACCUGAAUCAAGAAAACAGUACCUGUAAUAAUCUAGCUGUUAGCACUGUUGGUAUAAUUAGGGCUCCACAGGGUGAUGGAAAGGAAGCGAUAAUCAUAGUGACUCCUUAUAAUCCUAUGAAGCUUGAUGCUGGGGAUGCUGUAUCAUUGGGCGUUGGAUACUCUGUUUUCUCACUGCUGACACAAGUUACAUGGUUGGCAAAGGACAUUAUUUGGCUUGCGGCAGAUUCUCGAUAUGGUGAGCAUGAAUCUGUUGCUGCCUGGUUAAUGGAGUAUUAUGCCCCUACAUUUGAUAGCUCUGGAAAAUCUUACACUAGAUUGUGCUCUGCAAGAAGCUAUAAUCUGGAAUCUGAGGACAAUCAUUUUGUAAGUGUAGAAUCACUUGAGAGCUUUAGACGUGCUGGUACUAUGGCUGCUGCUCUGAUAAUUAAAGUUACUGAUGGAAACAAGCAUGCUCAGGAAAGUGUUAGCAUUUAUGCGGAGGCAUCUAAUGGACAAAUGCCAAAUCUCGAUCUCAUAAAUGUUGUGAAUUAUUUGGCAGUGCAUCAUCAGGGUCUGAAUGUAAGGGUGGGAAAAUUGUCGUCUUUAUUGGAGUCCAAGUGUUUGGAAAUGGUUGGUGGAACAAUUGAGUAUCUAGGAAACCUGGCUAGAAGCUUAAAUCCUGGUUGGGGCUUUGGUAUACCUGUUGGCGAAUAUGUUGAAGGAAUUGCUACUCUUGUGAGUUCAUUGUAUGCUCAGGCAUUAGGUGUUCCAACGGGUCCCCAUGGUGCUUUCCGUGAUUACCAAGUUGAUGCUGUGACACUGGCAAUUUCUCCUAAAGCCUCACUAUAUAGCAGUGGCGAGCGAAGUAAAUUGCUAUUACGCAGUGGACGUUUGGUCGAAGGCGUUAUUAGAUCAGUGAACAACCUACUCGAAAAGUUCCACCAGUCAUUUUUUCUUUACCUUCUAACUGGACCCAGCAAAUUUGUUUCGGUUGGAGUUUACAUGAUCGCUUUUGCGCUCCUUAUUGCUCCACUACCCGUGGUUGCCGCUUCUCUUUAUUCUGAUGCUGUAACAAGUAAUCCAAAAUCGGACAAUGUCGCGUUGGACUUAUCUCGUAUAUCAUGGAGGUGGCUUCAUGCUGCUAAAACCGUGUUUGUGAUUCAUUCAUGGGCAGUUGUUGUAGCAUUACUUCCCUAUUACAUAUGUCAAAUACCGAACAGGACAUCGGUAUCGUGUUCUAUUUCUUGGAUUUUGCUGUCUUUUUUCAGCUUGCACUUCUUUUACAUAGUCUUAGGCUCCCCUUACUCAACCUUCAAGUCAUCGCUCGAGCAUAACAAGGAAUGGGCUGUCUUGAAAUCUGUUACGAUAGCAGCUGCCUUCAUCGGUUUGUCUCUCAUGUCUGUCGUAAACUUUGCAGCCGCAGAAAUCGAAGCUUUGUUGUUAGUACCAUUUUGUUUGAUGGCACAGCCUUUGAAACUAGAUAUACGAAACCGGAGCCUGAAGACUUACACCAGAAUUGUUUGCAAUGUGAUCUUCGGAUUGAGCUUGUUUCCGCCAAUUGCUUUCUUUUUGAUAAACGGGUUUGUCGACGGAUUCAACAGCUUCAAUGUCGGCGAUUUUUGGGUUUGGGUCGAGUCUCUUUGGCUUCGGAAUAGUGCAACUUAUCUAUAUGUUGUUUUGGUUCACCUUCCAUGUUGGGUGUUAUGCAUUCAUAUCUUAUUACAUCCUUGUUAAUCUCCAUUGCAAAAAAUUCUAACUGACCUAGUUUUGCCAUAGUUUUAACAGUAAUUUGUGCUGAAAUUUGUAAUUUCAUAGUCCUUUUAACCUGAUGUUGUACCAUUGUUUAAUUUUUAUGAUCAUAUCUUUGCUGUCA